UUGGGAAGGUUAGAGGAGCGCUUCGCCAGCUUGAACAUGGAGUUGACAAGAGUGGUCAUCUCAGCUCUCUUUCUGCUGGUGGCAUUUGGAUUGUCUAGUGCCAAAGUUGAAGAGGAGAACCCGGAGUUCUGGAGGUCACAAGCCCGGAAGACUUUGCAGUCAGCGUUGGACAGGAAGCUCAACACCAAUGUGGCCAAGAACAUCCUGUUUUUCCUCGGAGAUGGUAUGGGAAUCACAACGUACACAGCGUCUCGUAUCCUCAAGGGACAGCUGGAGAACCAGACAGGAGAGGAGACAGUGAUGACCAUGGACACCUUCCCUAACGUGGGACUUGCUAAGACCUACAGUGUGGACUUCCAGAUUCCAGACAGUGCAGCCACAGCCACAGCGUAUCUGUGUGGAGUGAAAACCAACCUGAACACUAUCGGAGUUAGUGCAGCGGCUCGCAACGGAGUCUGCAAGACUCAGAAGGGCAACGAGGUCACGUCCAUCCUGAAGUGGGCCAAAGAUGCGGGCAAGUCUGUCGGCAUUGUAACAACAACGCGGGUGCAACAUGCCACCCCAGCAGCCAGCUACGCCCACAGCGCCAGCAGGAAGUGGUACAGUGACGCUGACAUGCCUGAUGCCGCCAAGAUGGACGGCUGCACCGACAUCGCCUCCCAGCUCCUCAAAAACACUGACAUAGAUGUCAUCAUUGGUGGUGGUAGAAAGUACAUGACCCCUAAGGGCACAAAAGAUCCCGAAUACCCCAGGGAUUACUCCUCUAGGGGCAAAAGAAAAGACGGACGCAACCUCAUUGAUGAGUGGCAGAGCAUGAAAAUUGGAAAGGUAGCCCACUACGUGUGGAAUAAAACAGAUUUCAAUGCUGUUGACCCUGAAACCACUGACUACCUCAUGGCUCUGUUUGAACCUGGUGAUCUGCACUUUGAGACGGAAAGGGACCCAAACAUGGACCCGUCCAUUGUAGAGACUACAGAAAAGGCUAUCCGCAUCCUCCAGAAAAACCCUAAAGGCUUCUUCCUGCUAGUGGAAGGUGGGCGUAUUGACCAGGCUCACCAUUCUGGCCGGGCGUACAUGGCACUCCAUGAGACGGUUGCUUUUGACUACGCCAUCGCCAAGGGCCUUGAACUCACCAAAGAGCAUGAAACUCUAACUAUAGUGAUGGCUGACCACUCCCACUCUGUUACCUUCAAUGGAUAUCCAUUCCGAGGGCAGAGCAUUCUGGGUAAAUCUCCACUGUGGGCUACAGAUGUGCUGCCUUACACCACACUAAUGUACGGCAACGGACCCGGACACAAAAUCACCAACGGCAAGCGUCCAGACAUCCGUGAUGUCAACACUAAAAAUAAAGACUACGUCCAGCUGGCUGCCGUCCCCAUGCAGUCGGCCACCCACAGCGGGGAGGAUGUGGCAGUGCUUGCCCGCGGACCUAUGGCCCACCUCUUCCAGGGCAUCCAGGAGCAGAACUACAUCGCCCAUGCCAUGGCCUACGCCGCCUGCGUGGGCGCCGACAUUAGGCACUGCCAGGGGCAAACUGAAGCACCUGCGGUUCACACCACCUUCACCAACGAUAAGAAUGGAGCCGGGGCGGCUUGUGGCUUGCCAGCUCUGCUCAGUAGCCUCCUCAGUGCACUGCUGGCACUUGUCGUGCUGAUGUAGGUCCCUUUUCCUUAGUGAAUCCUAUUGAUCUCACUCCACUUGUCAGGGAGGUCAGAGGUCCGGGUCAUAGGAGGAGUGAGCAGGGAUUUGCUCAAGGUAGUUUCAGCAGGAUCAGAGUUCUGUUGUUAAGA